CGGGCACCUACACACAUGCGCGUUUGUGUCGCGCAUGCGCGGUGCUCAUCAAGCAAUCGCUCGCGGUGGUGACAGUUGCGCCGUUGUGCUUUGACGCUUUUGGGUGGGAGAGACCGGAAAAACUCGCUCGCUAAAGCAUCAAACACAAGAGAGAUGGCAGCGAUCCGUAAGAAGCUGGUGAUCGUGGGGGAUGGCGCAUGCGGUAAGACGUGUCUGCUCAUUGUCUUCAGUAAGGACCAGUUCCCCGAGGUGUACGUCCCCACCGUAUUUGAAAACUACGUAGCCGACAUCGAAGUGGACGGCAAACAGGUGGAGCUGGCGUUGUGGGAUACGGCAGGACAAGAAGAUUACGACCGUCUCCGUCCUCUCUCCUAUCCCGACACUGACGUCAUCCUUAUGUGUUUCUCCAUCGACAGUCCUGACAGUCUCGAGAACAUUCCGGAAAAAUGGACUCCUGAGGUGAAGCAUUUCUGCCCCAACGUCCCUAUCAUCCUGGUGGGCAAUAAGAAGGACCUGCGCAACGAUGAACACACUCGGCGCGAGCUAGCCAAGAUGAAGCAGGAGCCGGUGAAAGCAGAGGAGGGACGCGACAUGGCGAAUCGGAUCUACGCCUUCGGAUACAUGGAGUGUUCAGCUAAGACGAAGGACGGCGUGCGGGAGGUGUUUGAGAUGGCCACCAGGGCGGCGCUGCAGGCCAGGAAAGGCAAGAAGGGCAAUAAAUGCCUCCUACUGUAAAGCAAGCAGGACUCUGUGCUCAUUACGUGGGGUGGGAGGGGCCAAAUAUAAGCCACACCCCCUUUCCCCAUCUCCCUAAUCAGCCUGCCUGAAAUGACUGUGCUCAACCGUUAAAAACGUUUUCUUUUCUUUGUUGUUUUUUUUUUUUUUUUAAAGAAAAAUUAUGUCUUAAGCGAAACCAGUAACGACUAGUUAUGGAAGUUAUUGUUUUUGUCAGUAUUUAAAGAGGCAGACCAGGAGCUAUGCUGUUCUAUUGUACCUUUUUUCACACAUACACGCACGCCAUUAUUAAAUUCGCCAUAUAAACCAGUGCCGAGCCAGCGGUAAAAGAAGCGGUGUUGGAGUCGUGCAUUCGCUUGUAUCAGUGAGGUUUCAUCCACGCAGUUAUUUCGGAUUAUAAAUAUGCAAAUGAAGAUGGGGGGAAAAAGCUGAUCAGGACCAAUUUGCAGUACAGAAAAGACACAACGCAGCGUCUGUGUUUUUUCUGGAAUGCAUACACUUGGACAAGACUUGAACCUUUUUUUUUUUUUUUCUUUUCUUUCAAAACAAACAGAAACCUAAUUUGGUAUCUUUGUGUAUUAAAGAAAAACUUUUUAGGAA